AUGGAAGUGGUCAUAGAGGCAAAUGCCGGCGACUCAGCGUUCCUGUCGGCAUCUGAGAAGCGGGAGAUGAUAGACACUUUGGCGGAGAUGAUCGCCUCCACAAUUGAGGGUGCCAGCGUCACGGAUGUGCACGAGGCACUGGCAUCCCACAAUAUAACGCCGGGAGGAUGGCGGGAGUUGGUGCAGCGGAAAGUAGAGGCACGUCGACAGCGGAAAGGCUCUGAUGUUGUCUCCGCCACUGAUAGUGCCCCCGUUACGCAGGAUACGCCGUUGCCACCUACGCAGACACCGACGACGAGAACGUGGGAAUGCCCGAACUGCGGUACGCAGCAGGAAGUUGUGGACGCACGCAGGUCUCUUAGGCACAGCGGUACUUCUCUGGCCGUGAGAAUUUUCUCGGACACCUCUCCAGUCGGUUGUAGUGUGUGCGAGGGCGUUAUCUCACAUGUACGUUGA